AUGACGAUUAGCAGUUUACCAGAUGAUCUAUGGUUCAAGAUCUUCCUCCGCCUUCCGGUGGAGAAUCUACUUGCAUCCAAAUGUGUUUGCAAAUCCUGGUUGUCCGUCAUUUCAAGCCCUAGUUUUGUCAGAACUCACCUCAAGCUCUCAAUCUCAAGUGGUGAGUAUGACGAAACUCUGAUCGUUCACCAUCAAUUAAAAGGCGAAGACGACAAUCAAGAACUAGUAGGCUGUGGUCCUUUUUCACUCUCCCACCUUGCUACUUGUGACAUUUUAGAACAACUCGACUUCUUUUACUCUGAAGGUGACUAUCUUUCGAAACCGAUAUUGCCUUGUAAAAUUUUGGGAUCUGAUUGUGGAAUUGUUUGUGUUCUUGUUGAAUACGGAGGGGGAAAGGAUAUUUACCUUUGGAACCCGGCUACGAAAGUCUCCAAACUCAUUGCCCAAGGUUGGCAUGUAAAGUGGGAGGCUAUAGGGUUUGGUUUUGAUCUUACCGAUUUUGACUGUAAAGUUGUUCAUAUUGUAUCCACCUCUACUUGUGCCGAGGUAUUCUCUUCGAACAGGAAUGCUUGGCGAAAGAUUGAGCCCAUGCCCCUUGAUGUUCCCAUGAUUCCUGACUUCUAUGUAUGCUUGCACGGAUUUUUGUUAACAACAGGACGUCAUGGUAUGAUGGCUUUUAAUCUAAACAAAGAGGUGUUUAUAUUUAACAUUGAGCUCCCUGGAGAUCCUGUUUCGACUUGCAUUACUGAAUAUAAUGGUUCGGUUGCUGCUUCAGUGUUCCAAAAAUCUGAAAAUAAGGUGAAAUUGUGGACAUUAGAUGAUGAAGCAUGCCUUCGUGGUGGUGGAGUAGAAGCAUCUUGGACUAUGAAGCUCAGUUGUGAUAUUGUAGGUAAGCGGUUUGAUUUUGUUGCGGGUCUUUUUAACAGCGUUGAAUUCUUACUAGUUGAUAGUGAGGCGGACUGGUUCUUUUAUAACCCCGACAAGCAAGCAACCAGAGCCCUUCGUGGCCGUCUCCCAUACUGUGGAAUUCUCAAGCAUACAAAGAGCCUUUUUCCAAUUGCAGGGUCAAAACCAGUCAAGUGGACUGCUUCACCUUGGAGGCAGCAACUUGAGUUGGUCAAGGGUAUGGAAUCGGAUGAAGAAAGUAUCCCAAGUGAUACUGAUUAA